GAUGAGGUGCUGUUGAUGAGAAAGUCUUCUGACCUGAGUGGAGUUGUGCAAACAGUCCUUUAAAGAACCAAAUAUGCAGCUUUGUGGUUCUUCUGGACCUGACAAGAUCCUCUACUGUUGAUGAUGACUUGGACUGCUGUUCAUUAACAUCCUUCACUAACUGGAACCAUUUCUGGAAGAAGAAAAGAAAUUGGAUCAUGUUUCUAGAUACAACAACCUCUAUGCACAUGCUUUCAGUGGCAAUCUAAGAAGGAAAAGCACAACACUUUUAAUUUUUACCAUGCUUGCAAAUAGUCAUGUGCCUGACUGAAGACAACCAGGCAGUCAAGUCUUCCUUAAAGUGCUUGCUAGAAACAUGUUUGGUGCAUAAUGGACACCUAUGGACUUACUCUCCGUGCUGUUUUCUGAUUCUGAAGAACACAGACAGCUUCUAUUGUCCUUUUUUUUUUUUUUUUUUUAAGUGAAACCAUUUCCUGGGCCCUUUCCAUCUGAACUGAUGACCAAGGAUUCCUCUGUAAUUCUAGCUCCAGUUUUCCCUUUUCAGAAGAUGGGUUCAUUUCGGAGACCUCGCCCACGUUUCAUGAGCUCUCCAGUGCUGAGUGACUUGCCACGGUUCCUGGCAGCUCGGCAGUCUCUGCAACUGAGCUCUAAUUCUGCAUGGAACAGUGUUCAAACAGCAGUGAUCAAUGUAUUCAAAGGCGGAGGCUUGCAAAGCAAUGAACUCUACACUCUCAACGAAAAUGUCAGGCGAUUGUUGAAGAGUGAACUUGGAUCCUUCAUCACAGACUAUUUCCAGAACCAGCUCCUUGUGAAAGGUCUGCUGUUCGUAGAGGAGAAAGUUAAGCUUUCAGAAGGAGAGAAUCGCAUCCAUGUGCUAUCAGAAAUCUGGGAUCACUUCUUCACAGAAACUCUUCCUACACUCCAGGCUAUAUUUUAUCCUGUUCAGGGUCAAGAACUGACCAUCCGCCAGAUCGCCUUGCUUGGCUUCCGAGACUUGGUCUUGCUAAGAGUCAAGCUGGAUGAGAUCCUUCCUCAGUUCCAAAGCAGCAUCCCACCUUCUAUUGUCCAGAUGCUACUGAUUUUACAAGGAGUCCAUGAGCCUACAGGUCCCAGCAAGGCCUUCAUGCAACUGGAAGAGCUUGUUAAACUGGUGGUUUCCCCAUAUCUUGGUUUGUGUGAAGAGCACUGUUUUCCUGGCAGUACCUGUGCCCUAGAGAGAAGAUACUCUAGGCCACGUUCCAGACCCAAUGGCUUGAGCUUUGCUUCUCACCCUGUGGCAACCCGACAAGUCAGUGAGACUGCCUUGACACCCCUGACGGAGCAGGAAGGCGAGGCUUACCUCGAGAAGUGCGGGAGCAUCCGCCGCCACACCGUCGCCAACGCUCACUCUGACAUCCAGCUCUUGGCCAUGGCAUCCAUUAUGCACUCAGGGAUGGUUGUGGAAGAGCCUGACAAUGGUGACAAGUGCCUCCAUCUGCAGCCCAGCUUAAACCACAGGCAGUGUUCCAGUGAGCCCAGUAUAGCAGACGGACCGGAAGGGCUGGGAACACCCACCUUGCAGGAAAUGACAGAACUGAACUGCACAUCUGUCUGCUGAAAUGCCACAUCUGCAGGGCCAACACUCGAGUGCACUAAGAGAACCCUGUUUUGUUAUGCAUCGCUUGCUGAGAACAGAACAGUGGAGAACUUCAACUCCAGGAAUGGGAUUUACAUGUUGGGACCUGAGCGUGACAAAAUUUGGGAAAAACUGUUUCAGGUUCUAAUUUUAUGGGGCUUAAUUUUUGGUUUUGUUUUCCAGCAAAGGUACAAGCCUACUCAUUUCAAGCAUUCUGGCAUUCUCUCUUGUCCCAGUCCUCUCUUGGUUUCUUAGAGCUGUUGCUCUAAGUUGCUCUUUCCCUUUUUUUUUUCUCUCAUCCCUUUUCAAACUCAGGCAGGGAGUGUCCUAAAAGUCUUGUUUCGUUCUGCUGCGCAGAUCAGGGCAAGUGAACCGGGAGGUGGGCAGAGGCAAGUGCAUUUUCCCCUCGACGCUCCCUGCGGUAGACACAGGAAACCAGCCCACAAAGGUGCUGCCAUAGUCUGUGACUUGGCAGGGCACCAGCAGUCGGUCUGUAGGAAGCAAUGGACAGGAGUGGGAGUGAAGAACCAGAGUGCCUCAUCUCCAGCAUCAGAGCUACACAGAGCAGCCCCACACCCGCCUGCAUGAACUGGGUCCCAUUCCAUGACAAUAACUGGAAACAAGGCUCUGCAUACUCAGUUAGAAGGCUUUCUUUUCAACCCUGCUUUCCUCAGGGAUCACUUACGUAUAUUCCAAGGAAUUAGCUAAGCAUUUAGAGCUCUGGAAAUUCCGCCGGAGAAUUUCAAGCACCAAUGGUCAAGCAUCCUACUGGUGAGCUUCGUCUCUGUGGUUGUUAAGGAAUCAACUCCAGUGGUGAUCUGCUGAGCAUCUGACAGUGGUGGUGUGCCACUGAGGGUAUUGGCUUCUAUAACUGUAUAGCUUAGCCUUCUUUAGCUUGGUGCCCUCCAGAUGUUUGGGGCAAAUCCCAGCCUUCCUGACCAUUAGCCGUGCUGGCUGCAGCUGAUCAGCUCUGAUAUCUAAAACAUCUGGAAGGCACCAGGCUGGAGGAAGUAGUUGAAGUAGAAAGUGAAUACUUGGGAAAUGGUUUCUAUGUGCACCAGGAAUGAAAGAAACCUGUUUUGCUUUGUUAAACUACAUAAUGAGGUGUACUUCAUCUUUCAGCUGAUCGAGCCUUUGGAGGCCACCUUCCUGUUCUGCUCCAUUCUCGCUUCUCCCACAAACUUCAUCACCAGGAAAGAGGGAAUCCCUUUCUGAAAGUUGAUGGGUGCCGCUGUCUGGGAUUUCAGGCUUCCUAUUACAAGAAAUGUGACUCCUCCAUCAGAGCAGAGCUCUGUUUCCAAGUACUGCAGUAAGGCCAAGUCACAGUGGGAUUGCUUGUGCAUGGAAGUGUUCUUACGGGGUUUUGGGUUGCCUUCUUCCCUUUACCCUUCCAUGAUAUUACUGGGGCCAUGGACACAAUGGCAACUGGGCUUUUUUAAUUUGACAAAUACAUUGUCAUACCGUAUUUUUCUUCUGUGUGAUCUUUGCUCUGCAUCAAUUACCUUCCAUGUUUGCAAAAACAUGGGGCAUUAACUUCAACCUGACUGAAAUUAAGUAGAAGGAUCUGUCUAAGGUUUGGCUUAGAGGUGCAGAGAUAAAUGUUUGGUGUUCGUAGAUUAGCACAAUUCUGCUGUGAUGAAGUUGGCUUUUAUGACUUUUAUCCAAAGCAAAAUUACUUUUAUCCAAAGCAAACUGUUUAUUGCAAUCCAUGAUCAGAUUGAAGGAUAUAUACUAUAUAUACCAUCAUCACUAAGAUCAAUAACAUGUCAAGUGUGCACUCAAAUGCAAUAGAAAAAGGCAGCGACUUUUUCUGUAACGAAAGGGUUCAUGGUGGCUCCUCUAUAAGAUAUAGGAAGAAAUUUGCCUCUGCUAGGCAAUAUAAAUGGAAGCGUAACCAAUUAUCUCCUAAUAUCCCAACAGAAAUUACAAUAUAUUUAAUUAUUGGUCUCUAAAUCCCUGAACCACAGAAAGUUUGGAAUUAAAAACUCUCAUUGAAUCAUCUUUUCUAACAUAAUGGCCAAUGUAAAUGCAAGUCAAACCUUACAAACAUAGUUCUUAAACAAUUAGCUUAUUUAUUCCUACUGAGGAACUGGAUUCCAGAAAAGGACUUUCAUUACACUCGAAAAACCAUCUGAAUAAAAUUGGUAAGAGAUUUUCAGUUCAUGACCUGCCCUGUUGGCUUUAAUUAAGGCAAAAAAUAAGAUAAGUAUUAGCAAAUCCCAGUCUUACAUUCUGAGUUGCAGAUACAAGUUCUGCCUUUCUACAUGACACUGUUAUCUGCUGCAUCUACUAUUGACUCCACUGCAAAAUUGACAUCCCAGCCCUAUAACUCUUGCUGCUGUACAACCUCCAAGUGGUAUAAUGGCAUCCGUGCAAUACGCAAAAGGAAAUCAUGCUUUCACCAUCUGAGAUACAGCUUUCUGAAGAACUCUUCCUUGUUCUAAAAAGACUUCCAAUACACAAGCAAAACUGCAGCCUCGCAAUAAAGGGAGUGGUUUUCAACCUUUCCACAGCUGGCGACCGGUGAAAACAGGAAAACCACCUCAGGGACUACUAAGGCAGAGACAAAAAGUGCCAUACACAUAAUACACAGUAUUCUGUGUAUUAGUUUCCAAAGACAAUACCAAAAAAAAAAAAAAACAA